AUGACGACGGAGAUGGCAGCAUAAAUGUUGUAGGCGAGGUUGAGUGGGAAUUCUAAACCUUCAUUUCAAGUCAACUUAUUAUUCAGAGAUUUUGAAGAUCGAUAAGUUUAACAAGGAAGCAAGAUGAAGGACGAACAUAAACUGAUGAUACAAAUAUUGAUGUCAAGAGGACUGGUAGGAGAGAGAGAGCUCAAAGAUAUCUAUAAAACUAUUCAACAAAGAUGUGAGGUGAGAGACAGUCCUACUUUGAAUGAGUUCAAGAAUCUCAUUAACAAGAAACUCAGGGAGGUUUCUAUGGAGAUACGACAAAAACCUGAUGAAGACACCGGAGAACAGAAGUAUGCUUUGGUACAGACAAUGGAAUCAGAUCUUGGAAAGCUUACCACAGACUAUCUUCCUCAGCAGCUCGAGCUAUUCAAGAAAACAGUCGGUCUGAUAAUGGAUUCUCCUGAAGGCAUGGCAUCAUCUACAGAUAUCUUGAAUCUUAAACUAGAGAGGUUGACAAAGCAAGAUGCACAGGAAACACUUAAUAAGUUUGUUAAGGAACAAUGGUUAAAUCAGGAUGAGGGCUAUGUGUGGAUGACUGGUAGAUCUAUCAUGGAACUUGAGAUGUACCUUAGAAAGACAUAUCAACCAGACAAAUGUUCGCACUGCAAGGAUAUGGUUAUCAAGGGCCAAGUCUGCACCCAAUGUGAAAUCAAGUUACAUGGAUACUGCCUAGAUAGGCUGUUUACAGAUCGUAGGAGAGUUUGUCCAAACUGUAGUCAACACUGGUCUUGA